AUGUCUGCGGCAGCCAAGAAGGGUCCUCACGCGAGGACCAGCAAAGCGGCCAAAGCUAACACUGUCUGCACCGCACCAGGCACAGGUGCGAGGCACAGCGCAGCAUCAUCGGCGUUCACACCCGCGGCGCUGCUGGAGGUGCCUCUGGAGUACAAACAGCAGCUACGCCAGGCAUUCGAUAAGUUUGAUGACUCCGGAAAAGGCCUCAUCCCUGCACACGAGGCUGUGGUUGCUCUCUAUGCUCUUGGAUACGAUGUAGGCAGCGCGGAGCUCCAGAAGCUGCUGCAAGAGGUGGGCGCUACCGGCGCUGAGUCAAUCGACUUCAAUGACUUCUACAGCGUUCUAGUGCUGAAGAUGACCAAACCAGAGACCAAGAAUGAGUCGGUGCGUGCCUUUAAACAGAUGGACCGAGAUGACAAGGGGUACAUCGGCCUCGACGACCUGCGCUCCAUGGCUGACGCACUGCAUAUGAACAUGACAGACGACGAGCUGUCCGAGAUGAUCCAGUUCGCACGCUCUGUUGGGUACCACGCCCCCACACAAGGACAGUCAGAGUUCGACGCAAGAGAUGCGCUGGCAGUCUCAGAGGCUGAGUACUUGCGUUUGAUGAAGCGAGCCAACGUUUACUGA